AACAACUUUUCUUUUGUGUGUGGGGUUACUUUCCACUAGCCCCCCUCCUCCUCUCCUUUCAAGAUUUAAAUGCUAAUGGCGGAUUAAAACCUGUAGAUACGUUUGGCUUUAGGAGUCUGGUACGUUGAGGUGACUGUCUGGUAUCACCAAGAUGACGCUCCAUGCCACCCGGGCGGCUGCACUCCUCUCAUGGGUGAACAGUUUGCGCAUGGCAGACCCUGUGGAGACUGUGCUGCAGCUCCAGGACUGCAGCGUCUUCCUCAGGAUCAUCGACAGCAUCCGUGGCACGGAAGAGGGACAGCAAAUCAUGAAGCAGCCGGUAUCAGACAGAUUGGACUUUGUGUGCAGUUUUCUGCAGAAAAAUCGAAAACAUCCCUCUUCUCCAGAAUGCUUGGUAUCUGUGCAGAAAUUGAUGGAGGGGUCAGAACUGGAAGUGUCCAAGAUAACCAUGUUGCUCUUAUACCACUUCACUAUGAGCUCCAAAAGCCUCAGGGACUGGGACCAAUUCGAAUACAAGAUUCAGGCUGAGUUAGCUGUCAUUCUCAAAUUUGUGCUGGAUCAUGAGGAUGGGCUAAACCUUAAUGAGGACCUAGAGAGCUUCUUGCAAAAAGCUCCUGUCCCUUCCACCUGUUCCAGCACCACCUCUGAAGAGCUCUCCCCACCCAGCCACCAGACCAAGAAGGAGAUUCGCUUCCUAGAGCUCCAGAAUGUUGCUUCCUCUUCCAGUGGGAACAACUUCCUUGUAGGAUCUCCAGCCUCCCCCAUGGGCGACAUCCUGCAUACCCCACAAUUCCAGGUGAGACGGCUAAAGAAGCAGCUUGCAGAUGAGAGAAGCAAUAGGGAUGAGCUGGAGCUGGAGUUGGCCGAGAACCGCAAGCUCCUCACUGAGAAGGAUGCACAGAUCGCUCUGAUGCAGCAACGCAUCGACCGCCUGGCUCUGCUCAACGAGAAGCAGGCAGCCAGCCCACCAGAACCCAGGGAACUUGAGGAGCUACGUGGCAAAAAUGAGAGCCUUACUAUGCGGCUGCAUGAGACUCUGAAGCAAUGCCAGGACCUGAAGACAGAGAAGAGCCAGAUGGAUCGUAAGAUCAACCAGCUUUCUGAGGAGAAUGGGGACCUUUCCUUUAAGCUACGGGAGUUUGCCAGUCACUUGCAGCAACUACAGGGCGCCCUCAACGAGCUGACAGAGGAGCAUGGCAAGGCCACCCGGGAGUGGGUGGAGAAGCAGGCACGUCUCGAGAAGGAGCUCAGCACAGCCCUGCAAGACAAGAAAUACUUUGAAGAGAAGAAUGAAAUCCUCCUGGGGAAACUUUCACAGCUGGAAGAACACUCAACCCAGCUGCAGGAGAACCCACCCCAGGAGAAGGGUGAGGUGCUGGGUGACGCCUUGCAGCUGGAAUCGCUGAAGCAAGAGGCAGCCACUCUUGCUGCAAACUAUGCGCAGCUCCAAGCCAAGGUGAAGGAGCUGGAGACUGAGCGGGGCAGGCAGGAAGCCGAGCUGCUUACCGAGCGGGGCCACUUUGAGGAAGAAAAGCAGCAGCUGGCCGGCCUGAUUGCUGGUCUGCAGAGCUCUGUCUCCAACCUCAGCCAGGCCAAGGAGGACCUGGAGAAGGCCUCACAAGCUCAGAAUGCCCAGCUGACCGCCCAGGUGGCCAGUUUGACCUCUGAGCUGACCACACUUAAUGCCACCCUCCAGCAACAGGAUCAAGAACUGACUGGCUUGAAGCAGCAGAAGGAAAAGGAGCAGGCUCAGCUUGCCCAGAGCCUCCAACAGCAAGAACAGGCCUCCCAGGGCCUCCGUCACCAGGUGGAGCAGUUGAGUAGCAGCCUGAAGCAGAAGGAGCAGCAGUUGGAGGAGGCAGCCAAGGAGCAAAAGACAACUAGGCAGGAACAUGCCCAACAACUGGCUGCUGCUGCCAAGGAGCGAGAGGCCUGCCUGAGAGAGAGGGACACAGCCUUCCAGCAGCUGGAGGCACUGGAGAAGGAGAAGGCUGCCAAGCUGGAGAUUCUGCAGCAGCAACUUCAGGCUGCUAAGGAAGCCCAGGACAGCGCCCAGACCUUAGUGACACAGGCCCAACGGGAAAAGGCAGAAGUGAUCCAGAAGGUUGAGGAACUCCAUGCCCGUGUUGAGGCAGCCCACCGGGAGCAACGUGAGGCCCAGGCCCAGGUGACAGAGCUGGAGGCCCAGUUGAGGGCUGAGCGGCAAAAAGCAUCCGAGAGAGAAGCGAUGGCCCAGGAGAAUGACCAACUCCAAGAGCAGCUCCAGGCCCUUGAAGAGUCCUUGAAGGCCACCAAGGGCAGCCUUGAGGAAGAGAAGCGCCGGGCUGCAGAUGCCCGGGAGGAGCAACAGCGCUGUGUCUCUGAGCUUGAGGCAGAGACCCGGAGCCUGGCAGAGCAGCGUAAACAAGAGCUAAAGGAGCUUGAAGAAGAGAAGGCUGGGCGCCGGGAGCUGGAGACCCGAUUACAGCAGCUUGGGGAGGCUCAUCAGGCUGAGAUGGAAGCCCUGCGGCGGGAGCUGGCAGAGGCCAUAGCCUCCCAGCGCAGAGGUGAGAGUGAUUAUGAGCAGCUCGCCAAGGAGGUAGCUACCUGGCGUGAACGGUAUGAGGAUAGCCAGCAAGAGGAGGCACGGUAUGACGCCAUGUUCCAGGAACAGCUGGUGGCCCUACAGGAGGAAUGUGAGAAGGCCCGUCAGGAGCUGCAGGAGGCAAAGGAGAAGGUGGCAGGGAUAGAGGCCCACAGCGAGCUCCAGAUAAGCCGGCAGCAGAAUGAGCUCACUCAGCUCCGUGCCAACCUGGCCAGAGCCCUCCAGCAGGUCCAGGAGAAGGAGGUCAGGGCCCAGAAGCUUGCCGAUGACCUCUCCACUCUGCAGGAGAAGAUGGCUGCCACCAGCAAGGAAGUGGCCCGCCUGGAGGCCUUGGUGCGCAAAGCAGGAGAGCAGCAGGAAACAGGCUCCCGUGAGCUACUCAAGGAGCACCCGAGGGCAGGAGACAGAGAGGCAGAGUGGCUGGGGGAGCAGCAGGGAUCCCAGUUCUGCAGCACACAGGCCACGCUGCAAGCCAUGGAGCGUGAGGCAGAGCGGAUGGGCGGUGAGCUGGAGAGGCUUCGCGCUGCGCUGAUGGAGAGCCAGGGCCAGCAGCAGGAGGAGCGUGGGCAGCAGGAGAGGGAGGUGGCACGGCUGACCCAGGAGCGGGGCCGGGCCCAAGCUGAUCUUGCCCUGGAGAAGGCAGCCAAGGCAGAGCUGGAGAUGCGGCUCCAGAACGCCCUCAAUGAGCAGCGGGUGGAGUUUGCUGCCCUGCAAGAGGCGCUGGCCCAUGCCCUGAGAGAGAAGGAAGAGAGGGAUCAGGAGCUGACCAAGCUUCGUAGUCAGGAGGCAGCCCAGAAAAGAGAAGUGGAGGAGCUUCAGCAAACCUUGGAGGAACUGAAGGAACAGGUCACUAAGAAGGAAAAGGAGCACCCAGAGUCUGUAGGAGCGGCCAGUGGAGAUGCUGGGACUGCUGGAAAGACAGAACCGUCAGGGGCAGAGCUGGAGGCUCUGCGGGCAGAGGUGAGCAACCUGGAGCAGCAGUGCCGGCAGCACCAGGAGAAGGCCUCCAGCCUGGAGCGCAGCCUGGAGGCUGAGCGGGCCUCCCAUGUGGAGUGGGACAGUGCUCUGGAGACACUGAGGGGCCAGUUAGAGGAGAAGGCCCAGGAGUUGGGGCGCAGUCAGGAUGACUUAGCCUCAGCCCAGAGGGAGUUGGCCACCUACCGUGCCAAGGCCCAAGACCACAGCAAGGCUGAGGAUGAGUGGAAGGCCCAGGUGGCCCGGGGCCAGCAGGAGGCUGAGAGAAAAAACAGUCUCAUCAGCAGCUUGGAGGAGGAGGUGUCCAUCCUGAACCGCCAGGUCCUAGAGAAGGAGGGUGAGAGCAAGGAGCUGAAGCGGCUGGUGAUAGCCGAGUCAGAGAAGAGCCAGAAGCUGGAAGAGAGGCUGCGUCUUCUCCAGGCAGAGACCGCCAGCAGCAGUGCCCGAGCGGCGGAGCGCAGCUCUGCUCUUCGGGAGGAGGUACAGACCCUCCGGGAGGAGGCGGAGAAGCAGCGAGUAGCUUCAGAACACCUGCGGCAGGAGCUGGCCUCGCAGGCAGAGCGUGCGGAGGAGCUGGGCCAGGAAUUGAAGGCGUGGCAGGAGAAGUUCUUCCAGAAGGAGCAGGCUCUUUCUGCCCUGCAGCUGGAGCAGACCAGCACACAGGCCCUGGUGACCGAGCUGCUGCCCGUCAAGCACCUGUGCCAGCAGCUGCAGGCCGAACAGGCGGCCGCUGAGAAGCGCCACCGCGAGGAGCUGGAGCAGAGUAAGCAGGCGGCUGGUGGGCUGCGGGCUGAGCUGGUGAGGGCCCAGCGGGAGCUCGGGGAGCUGGCACCCCUGCGACAGAGAGUGGCAGAGCAAGAGCGAGCCGCCCAGCAGCUGCGGGCAGAGAAGGCCAGCUACGCCGAGCAGCUCAGCAUGCUGAAAAAGGCCCACGGCCUGUUGGCAGAGGAGAACCGGGGUCUGGGGGAGCGGGCCAACCUCGGCCGGCAGUUUCUAGAAGUAGAGCUGGAUCAGGCUCGGGAGAAGUAUGUCCAAGAGCUGGCAGCCGUGCGUGCUGACGCAGAGACCCGUCUGGCUGAAGUGCGGCAGGAGGCACAGAACACUGCCCGGGAGCUGGAGGUGAUGGCUGCCAAGUAUGAGGGUGCCAAGGUCAAGGUCCUAGAGGAGAGGCAGCGGUUCCAGGAAGAGAGGCAGAAACUCACUGCCCAGGCGGAGCAGCUAGAGCUGUCUCAGAGAGAGCAAACUAAGCAGGUGGAAGAACUGAGUAAGAAGCUAGCUGACCAUGACCAAGCCAGCAAGGUGCAGCAGCAGAAGCUGAAGGUGGGGCCAGCCCAAGGAGGUGAGAGCCAGCAGGAGGCCCAGCGCCUCCAAGCCCAGCUCAGUGAGCUGCAGGCCCAGGUGAGCCAGAAGGAGCAGGCCGCUGAGCACUACAGGCUGCAGAUGGAGAAAGCCAAGACCCAUUAUGAUGCCAAGAAGCAGCAGAACCAAGAGCUGCAGGAGCAGCUGCGGGGCCUGGAGCAGCUACAGAGGGAAAACAAGGAGCUUCGGGCUGAAGCUGAGCGGCUAGGCCGGGAGCUGCAGCAGGCCGGGCUGAAGACCAAAGAGGCUGAACAGACCUGCCGCCACCUUACUGCUCAGGUGCACAGCCUGGAGGCGCAGGUUGCCCAUGCUGACCAGCAGCUUCGAGACCUGGGCAAAUUCCAAGUGGCGACUGAUGCCUUAAAGAGCCGGGAGCCUCAGGCUAAGUCCCAGCUGGACUUGAGCAUUGACAGCCUGGACUUGAGCUGUGAGGAGGGGACUCCACUUUCUAUAGCCAGCAAGCUGCCACGUACCCAACCAGAUGGCACCAGUGUCCCUGGAGAGCCAGCCUCACCCAUCUCCCAGCGCCUUCCCCCCAAGGUAGAAUCCCUGGAGAGUCUCUACUUCACUCCCAUCUCAACUCGGAGUCAGGCCCCCCUGGAGAGCAGCCUGGACUCCCUGGGGGAUGUCUUCCUGGACUCAGGCAGAAAGACCCGCUCUGCUCGUCGACGUACCACACAGAUAAUCAACAUCACCAUGACCAAGAAGCUGGAUGUGGAAGAACCAGACAGCGCCAACUCAUCCUUCCACAGCACACAGUCUGCCCCCGCACCCCAGGCCAGCCUGCGGAACACCUCCUCUACUCAGUCUCUACCCUGCCUGAGCUCUGCUAGCGAGGGCAACUCGGCUCUGCUCAGCUUGCCUGGCUACCGGCCCACCACGCGCAGCUCUGCUCGCCACUCCCAGGCCAGGGUGUCUGGAGGAGCCCCUUCAGGAAGGAACAGUUUCUACAUGGGCACUUGCCAAGAUGAGCCAGAGCAGCUGGACGACUGGAACCGUAUUGCUGAACUGCAGCGGCGCAAUCGAGUAUGCCCCCCGCACCUGAAGACCUGCUAUCCCAUAGAAUCCAGGCCUUCCCUGAGCCUGGCCACCAUCACAGAUGAGGAAAUGAAAACUGGUGAUCCUCAGGAGACCCUGCGCCGAGCUAGCAUGCAGCCAACUCAGAUGGCCGAGGGCACUGGUAUCACCACACGGCAGCAGCGCAAACGGGUCUCCUCAGAGUCCCACCAGGGCCCUGGCACCCCUGAGUCUAAGAAGGCCACCAGCUGUUUCCCACGCCCCAUGACUCCCCGUGACCGACAUGAAGGGCGCAAACAGAGCACUACCAAGGCCCAGGAGAAAGCAGCUCCAGCUGUUGUUAAACAGGCUGACCGACGCCAGUCAAUGGCCUUCAGCAUCCUCAACACGCCCAAGAAGCUCGGGAAUAGUCUUCUGCGGAGGGGGGCCUCAAAGAAAGCCCCACCCAAGACGUCCCCCAACACCCGCAGUGGAACCCGCCGCUCUCCUCGCAUUGCCACCACCACAGCCAGUGCCGCCAGUGCUGCUGCUGCGGCCACCCCUCGAGCCAAGGGCAAGGCGAAGCACUAA